UAAUAAUUUCUAUUAAAAAGUGAUCAUUUUUAAUUUUAUUAUUCCUAGGAUCCUAUAAACUGAAUCUCAUUAAAAACUACGCCAAACAAUUGAGGAAGAUAAAUGGCAGAUGACAUAGAUUUUAACGACGCCCUAGAUAACAUUGUACUAAGAGAGGAAGCCGAAAGGAAAGAAAGCCACCAACGUGGUGUUAAAGAUGGUAUAGAGGGUGGGAAUCCAGAAGGUUAUCAUUUGGGAUAUCACAGGGGAGCAGAGUUGGGCCGGGAACUAGCAAUAUUUAAAAUGGACACAAAGAUAUCAAGAGUAAUAGAUCAGUUAGAUGCUAUAACAUCAUACUUAAAACCAUUCCUUCCGCUUGUCAACUGUCACAUGGUAGAGUUUAUUACUGAGAAUCACUGGGAGACCUAUCUACCUAAAAGUUUGAGAGACUAUUUAGAUAGCUGUGACUUGGAUGUAGCUGUACAACAGUUUUGGAAUGUAUAUUCAAACCCUAAAAGUGUUACAGAGACAACAGAGCUAAUCAAAUGGGUGAACAAAGCUCGGUCCCAUUGUUUGUCUGCAAACAACGACUACUGCCUCACUGUACCACAGCUCGAAGAUCGCAUAACCUCUAUAGGUGGUGUAUUGAAGCCAGAAAUAAAAGUGUCCCAGUUUAUGACAAGCAAGAAAAGCUAUGAGGUGCAAGUUAUGUCUCGCCUAGUAGCCGGCUUAUCGUCGGCUGCCGGGUGCUCCCAUUGCGUCGAGGUGGGCGGCGGUAGGGCUCCGCUGCCGGCUGCGCUAGCCCUGGGCUACAACCAACCUGUGCUGACGGUAGACUGUAAUGAGGCUACUAUUAAUACGGCCAAAGGGAGGAUUAAAGUUAUACAGAAACAAUGGCACGCUAUAGCGAAAAGAAUAGGCAAUGAUACUCAAGAUAGUCCCAAAACCAUAGACAAUAACCUCAAUAGCUUUGUGUCCGCGUUUGUGACUCAAGACACAGAUUUAUUGGGUUUGGUCAGACAGAAUUUUCCAGAGAGCCGAGAAGAUACUAAACUGCUACUGACUGGACUCCACACCUGUGGUAACCUCGGGCCAGACUCCCUCCGUCUCUUCACAGCACAUCCGUACAUUGGGGCGAUUUUCAACACGCCCUGCUGCUACCAUCUCCUGUCAGAAGACACGGACGUGGGGUGCUUCGAUGUGUUCCAGAAGGCUUAUGGAAGCCAUAGAAAAGACCAUGGGUUCCCUAUGUCGGAGCACAUGAGAGGUUACAAUCUGGGCCGUAACGCUCGCAUGUUAGCGGCGCAGUCCAUAGACCGUGUGGUCGACCACAGAGAACUGCCCUGCAGAAGCUUACUGUACCGCGCCAUGCUACAGAUGGUGAUCAAAGAGAAGCCCUCGCAGAAAAACAUAACAGAAGGCAAGCUAAAAGGAUUAGGCGGGAAAUGCCAAGAUUUCAGAGAGUAUUUUAAGAUGGCGGACGCUUUGUUGAAACUUGACGUUUUUGACAGUUUGCCUGACAGCUACUUUGCACAGAUACAACAAACCGAGAGUUGCCAGUGGAAAAAAAUUGUUUUAUUUUAUUUAAUGAGAUUAUGUUUGGCACAAGUUGUCGAAAGUGUUAUACUGUUAGAUAGAUUAUUGUAUUUGCAUGAAAAUGGAUUUAAUAAUGUGUAUUUAGUUAAGUUGUUUGACCCGGUGAUGUCUCCAAGAUGUCAUAGUAUCGUUGCUAUAAGAUAGCGUACAGUGUUUUUAUCCAAGAAAAAUUAAUUGUAGGUAAUUUAAUAGGUUCUACAAUAUUUUUAUGUUAAACGGUUACUUGA